AUGCGUACAUCGAGUCGAUCAGCAAUGGUUUCUAAUAACAGUGAUUUAUCAAAGGAAUUCUUCAAAUAUUCAAGAUAUAUGUUCACCACUCUAAUACCGUUCAUGUUGUUUGCUAAUAUGCUUAUACACGCGGAAAUUGAACGAAAUAUCCGAAGAUCUUGUUUUCAAGAAGAGCGCUUACUGGUUACUAAUUCGAGCGAUGAGUCAUUUUUGGCUUCAGUUGGUCAGCAAACGGCACUAGAUCUCCUCGCAGGAGAAAUUUACUGCAAAGCAGAAAGGAAAGCGUUAACUGUUUUUGCGUGUUUUCUACUUGUUCGAUUAGCAUCGUAUGAAUUCGAGAGAAUUUUCCUUCUGUCAUGUCAACACUGUGCUAUUCGGAAACUGAUCAGUGGACAUCGCAUUGGUAUCGGACCUGGUAUUGUGUUCUUCGCAAGAGAACUGCUUUGGCCAUUUGCUGCAGAAGCGAAUUACGUGGUGUUAGCGAGUACUUAUACAGUUGUUGUAAUUGCAUCCGCUCUAAUGAUUUAUCCAUACUUUCAGGAUCUCUACAACGUUAACGAAUCACUGAAAGUGGCGAAACGAUCGGAUCGUUUCGCCGAUGGACGUUUCUCAUUAUGGAUGACACAUUCAGCGAUGCUUGUCUACGCACUCAUAGUUGUAUUGAUCUUCUCAGGAAGUGUCAUGAAAAGAGUUGCUGACUAUUUGAAUGUUUGCGGUGGGCACUUCAAUCGCCCUCAGAGACCAAAUGCCGUAUGGCCAUGGUUCUUCAGUGCGAUUCCAUUGAUCGCUCUUUCAACCGCUUAUGCGGUCCUUUGGUGGUCAGGUGAUGUCUUCGGUGUUCAACUGACCAUGUCCGUGGCCGAAUUUGUCAUGUCUUUAGCGGUUAACAGCCUUCAAGCCGUAUCACGUCUGUCGACUCUUUGA